UGACAAGUCGGAAGCCGACUUCACUGUCGUGUAUGGUGCAGAAAUGUCUCACUGACGGCCUGAAAUCAUUAUUUUACAAAAGGAUAGCCGUCUUUCUUAAAGCACCCAGAGAAAUGGAAGUGUUUUUACUAGGACGGAGGAUCUCAUUUUAAGGUGAGAUGACGCCAUGAUCCUGCUCCCCUGCACCAGCUGAAGACUGACGCGUUGGACCAUAAAGCUGCUGUCACUAUGGGGACGGCGUCGAGCGAGCCAUGUAUCUACAACAAACUGUCUGAGAGCAUCGACAUCCUCCGGCAGUCGGGUUACCGCUACGGCAUGUCAGAGAGGGAGAUCGAGAGGUUCAUCAAGCAGGUCCUGGAGACCAACGAACCCAGGAGAGAGCCUCCACAGUUCCCCCUUCUUAGAGCCACCAUCAAGUUUCUGUUGGCUGUGGGCUUCCUGCUGGUGGUGGUGCUGGCCUUCACCUACCCACAGAGCUCCCCCCAGCUGGGACUGGUGAAUCUGGGCUGCUGCAACUGGUCGUCCCCUCUCAGCCACGUCCGCCUCCUCUCCCUUCCUAUUGCCAAGAAGUACAACCUGCAAGGUUUCCAUGAGUGGUGGAGUGCCGGUUCUCUCAGGCAGAGUCUGGUUAACUGCUCCGGAUGUGCAGAGAUCUCCUCUGUGCUGGAAGUCCCGGAGAGCCUCAGGGGGACUGUGACUCUGCGACGGGGACCACAGCUGGUCCUGCUGAAGGGUGGCGAGUCUCUCAGCAUCCAGCGCCAGCAGCUGGAGGAGCUCUACUUGGCCCAUUCAGGCUCCAUGUCUAUUCUGCUUGAGGAGGACGGCGGCCUGCAUAACGACAACCUGGGCCUUCCUCAGGGACCCGCCAACUUCACUCUGCUCUGGAGGUUCAGCUCUGGAACUAGAGAAAAGGUGUUGAGAUGGCUCUUCCCAAAGGCUGAGCUCUGCCCCCUGCUGGACAGCGCUGGGACUGUCCUGCAGCGAUGCCUGGUCACCCAUAGCACAAACUCUCAGAGCAAGGGUGUCAGGGUGCUGGGUUGGCUGGUGGUGGGAGAGGGCCUGCCAACAGUUCGAGUUGUGCCUGUUCAGCGGUGCCAGAAACACUGUAGCUCCUUCAACCUUUGGCUCUCACCAGGGGACAUGGUGUAUGCGGACCCUCGAUACUGGCAGAUGGAGCUGUUUCCCGGACGUGGCCAGAACAUCGUCUGUGACGGCACCACCUUUUAGUCUUCAGACGGGCAGAGUUCAGGACCUGGACGUGAAACUCGACGCACCUUUGAAUGUUUGUGUUUGGAGCUUGUUGGCCUCUUCGUGCCCAUCGUCUCCCCAUUGUUGCCUUAUAGCACUACUAAUAUUUUGUUAAUAGAGCCUUUCUGGGCGGAUUGUCCCCUGAGAACUGAAACUGCACAGAAUAAGGUCAGCUGGGGGAAACAGGAACUCCCUGCAGGGUCCUGAAGCUCAGAGGAAAAGAGACUCGUUCUUUAACUGAACUGCUGAAAAUCAUCUGUGCUUGUGCCGCAGCUUCUAGCUGAUUUCUAGCAAUUAAGAAAAAAAAAAUCUUUAAAAUGAUUUGGGUGUUUUAUUGCUUAAGAAGGUAAAAAUCACUGGUCCCAGAAUCCGGAAUCGCUGCCACCAUCUACAGUGAGGUAAAUAAGUAUUUUUACACCCGGCUAUUUCGCAAGUUCUCCCACUUAGAAAGCAUUGAGGGGUCUGCGAUUGUCCACUAAGAGAGACAUGAUCUAAAAAAAA